AUGACGACGCUCAAGGGACCCGGUGAGGCAAAGACUUACGAUGGAUCUGGUUUGAGGAUUGGUAUCAUACACGCGCGGUGGAACACGAAGAUUAUCGAUGCGCUGCUCGAGGGGACGAAGAAGUCGUUGAAGGCCGCGGGCGUCAAGGACGAGAACAUCAUCCUGCAGAGCGUUCCAGGGAGCUACGAGCUGCCGUAUGCUGUGAAGCAACUCCACUCCGCGUCGCAAGUCCAGUCCUCUUCCACGAGCGUCAUCGGUGCCGCCGCCGACCUCCUCGGCUCCGUUUCUGACCUUUCCACCGAACCCACUUCCAAACCGACGUCCUCGACCCUGCAAUCGCCGUUCGACGCCAUCAUUGCCAUUGGUGUGCUUAUCAAGGGCGAGACUAUGCACUUCGAGUACAUUGCGGAUGCGGUGAGCCACGGGCUUAUGAGGGUCCAAUUGGAUAACAACGUGCCGUUGAUAUUUGGGCUAUUGACGUUGUUGAGCGAUGAGCAGGGGCUGCAGAGGGCGGGGAUUGGAGGGAGCAGUGGGAAGGAGGGACAUAAUCAUGGAGAGGAUUGGGGGAGCGCGGCGGUGGAGCUGGGUGUUAAGAGGAAGGGGUGGCUGGACGGGAAGUAUGUCGACUAG